AGUAGCUCAGCCGGUGGGGAGCAGAGUGAAAAGGCGGUCGUGCGCAGGCGCGGGAACCCUGUCUGCUGUACUCGCUUCCAGGUGAUCAUCCUGGGUCCUCCUUGCACUGUCGCCUUCCACUGAUUGCGAUGAGAACCGCCGAGUCUGGAGGAGACUUUUAAUUUUCGUUCCCCAGCCGAGGUCAUUGCAGCCUGGGACCCAUCAUCGCCUCCUGGUUUCCCGUCCUUCGUACUUAUGCUUUGGAAACAUCCUUUGUUUGUGGAAAUACUCAGGCACCGUUUAAAGCCUUGCAAGUCUCCCUUCAGCCAGAAAGGUCCAGAAAUCUGGCUGGAGACAAUGUCCUCGUAGUGCUGAGUCGGAUGGAGAAAUAGAGGCUAGAAUGGCCUCUUGGUCAAGCAGGAACUAGCCUCAUACCUGGUGUGCCCAGGUGGCCUCUAGGUCAGAAUGGAUCGGGAAACCUGCAUAUAUGCCAGCAAGUUGUUGGGCAGACAUUGGGAAUCACCACCAGCCUAUGAGAGGUUUUGCCAACGUGGUGCGAGUGUGGACUAUAUCAAGGCAGAAUCUUUCACUUACUUGGACUUUUUCAAAGGGUACCUGCUCCCAAAUUUCCCCUGUGUUUUCUCUUCUGCCUUCACCCAGGGCUGGGGAAGCAGGAAGUACUGGGUGACCCAGGAUGGGAAACCUAAUUUUGAUCACCUUCUUCGGAAUUUUGGGGACGCGGUAGUUCCUGUUGCAAACUGCAAUGUCCAGGAAUACAACUCCAAUCCAAAAGAGCAGAUCCUGCUGAGGGAUUACAUAAGCUACUGGAAAGAAUAUAUCGAGGGAAACCACUCUUCUCCCAAGGGAUGCCUCUACCUCAAGGACUGGCACCUGUGUAGGAGUUUCCCAGACCACCAGGUGUACACCACGCCCGUGUAUUUCUCGUCCGAUUGGCUGAACGAGUACUGGGAUGAACUGGCAGUGGACGAUUAUCGUUUUGUUUACAUGGGGCCAAAAGGAUCAUGGACUCCUUUCCACGCAGAUGUCUUCCACUCCUAUAGCUGGUCUGUCAACGUCUGUGGGAGGAAGAGAUGGCUCCUCUACCCCCCAGGGCAAGAAGAGAGCUUGCGGGACCAUCAUGGGAACCUGCCCUACGACGUUACUUCCUCUGCCCUCCUUGACACCAGUGUGUACCCAGAGUACCCCAAAUGCUGUCCGCCCAUUGAAAUCAUCCAGGAAGCAGGGGAGAUGAUCUUUGUCCCCAGCGGAUGGCACCAUCAGGUUUACAAUCUGGAUGAUACCAUCUCCAUUAAUCACAACUGGAUGAAUGGCUGCAAUGUAGCUACCAUGUGGCACUUCCUGCAGGCUGAGCUGGAUGCCGUGCAGCAGGAGAUCUGUGAGUGGAGGGAGACGAUGGAAGACUGGCAUCAGCACUGCCAGGUGAUCAUGAAAUCAUGCACUGGAAUUGACUACAAAGAGUUUUAUAACUUCCUCAAAAUCAUAGCAGAAAAGAGAAUUUCUCUCCUAGAAAAGGUUCCUGAGACCAAAGCCUUGAAAAAUAUUUGCAGUGACAGCCCUGGGCUGGGCCCCCACCAUGCAACUUUUGAUUUAAGUCGAAUUGCUGAUGUGCUAGCAUCCUUGAUCACAAACCCAUAUUUCCAGAAACUAGAAACCGAUGCACUUUCACCAGCCCCAGAGGACUUGUUCAGCCACCUGAAAGAAAUAAUAAAUGCUUCUUCCCUCUAGUUAUGCUUCACUGCUUUUUAAUUAAGUAGAGAGAACUGUGAAUGGGUAUCCAUAAAUAUUCACAGUCCACCUUUUCCUGAAGGUAAUCUUGAACUUGGGAAUCACUGAGAAUUCAAAUCU